CCACAAUAUCAGACUCAUCAUGAUCGCUGUCCAACCUGUUCCGCUCUCGCAUGUUUCGCAUUACCGGGGCUCAUAUAUAGCUGCACCCUCGCGCAUGCGUUGCUGCAUUUCUUUUCCUCUUUUCUUCUUCCACUGAGCCUAGUGCCCAGUCCGGUUUUUCAUCUGUUGCUGGUCUUCACUCGCUUUCUUCCAGGUUACCUUGUUUACGCCCUUGGGCAUCCAUCCACCUUACGUCGCAUCGCUCAUCCCCGCUGUUCUUGACGAACUCAUCAUGUCCCGCUUCACGUCCCCCUUCGCUUUCCUCCUCGUUGCGAUCCUGGCGAUCCAGUCCUCGGUUGUGGCUGCGCCCAUCCAAGAGCGUGCACCGUUUGUGCGCCCUCAUGUCGCUACCUCUUCCGUGACGAGCUUCGUUGCUCGCGCGACCGGAUCCCACCAGCUGCCAUGGAACCGCCGCCAGGUAGAUGACACAGGUAGCGACCCCCUGAGCGGCAUGAACCCCACCUCCGGGCCUCCAGGAGACGCCACUAGCACCGCCUCGAGCGCCGGUUCCACCGACGCCUGUGGUUUGGGCUCGCCAGCCGGCAGUGGUAUCGCAUCCGGUACAGAUGCCUCGAGCUCGAGCGGGUCGGACGGCGCUACGCCCACCGAUAGUUCUACGGAUGGGGCUGCUCCCACUGGGAGUUCCACGGAUGGUGCUGCGCCUACGGAUGGCGCUACUCCGACGGGCGGUGCUACUUCCGCUGACGGCUCUGCCCCGACCAGCGCGACUGCGACCACCACGGUCACCGUUACGGUCACUGCGCCCGCCGCUGGCAGCACCGACCCUUCCGGUACUGGUUCCGGUCUGCCGGGUAGCGUCCCCACCGAUACGCCCACUGGCUCUUCUGGUACGGAUGGCUCGAGCAGCUCGACGGAUGGGUCUGGAAGCGCGACGGCCAGCGACAGCUCUGCCGGAGCUGCCCCCACGGACUCAGGUGCUCCCGAUAGCUCUGCCCCGACUGCGGGUGCGACGCCCACGGCUGAUCCUUCGUCUGCCGAUGGCACGGGCGCGACACCGUCCCCUUCAGAUGGUACAGGCGCGACACCCACCGACUCGUCCGAUCCGGCGGAUGCUACUGGCGGCGCCUCCGCGACUGGCACUGACUCGUCGUCGUCUAGCGCGACCAGUGACCCGGCCGCGACCCCGACAGAUGCGUCCUCAUCUGCGGGCGCGUCUGGAACGGACUCCGCAUCAACAGGUGCCACCAGUGAUGGUGCGUCGGCCGCCUCCGCUGCGACGAGCGACGCAGGUUCCUCGACUGCUUCCACGGAUGCAGGCGCUUCUGCAACUGACUCUGCCUCGUCCGCGUCCGCGACCGGCGGUGCCUCCGCAACCGACUCUGCCUCGUCAUCUGCCGCGACGUCUGACGCGUCUGCAAGCCCUACGGACUCGAGCGCCGCUACGCCUACUGCCACGGAUUCUGCCGCAUCGAGCGGGGCCAGCGCGUCUGCCACCGACUCUGCCGCCUCAUCUGCUGCGACGUCUGGCGCAUCUGCAAGUGUCACGGACUCAAGCGCUACGCCUACUGCCACGGACUCCGCAGCGUCAAGCGAUGCUAGCGCCUCUCCCACCGACUCCGCUGCUUCAUCCGCUGCAACGUCGGGUGCUGCGUCCGCACUGACUCACUCUAGCACCGACUCUGCCUCAUCCACCGGCUCUGCCUCGUCCACCGACUCUGGAAGCUCUUCCGCGCCCACUGACGGCUCUUCCACGGGUACGGACGCGUCGCUGGCUCGCCUACUGGGGCCGCAGUGCCCACGCCCAUGAAGAUGCGCCGCGUGCCCCUGCGCCGCAUGUACGAGGGGGUGCACUGAUCCUGACCGAAGCUCCAUGAUGACGAACGCCCCCGGAUUACGACACGACGGCGAUGCCCAUUUAUUGUUUAAGUUAUCAACUAUCACGAUUAACGACACAGACUCGGCCGACCUGGGCGUCGGCCACUAGUGCACGCGUGCUUGAUGGACUGAAUAUAUAGCUGUCGUAGCCGUUGCACUAUGCAUUUUUGACUGGAGGUCUCCCCACGAUUGUCUGGUGUGAUGUUAGCUAUGUUCGAUGAACCCUGGAGGGUACGGCACAUCAGUACUUGAAGAGACCGUCGCCGCCAUUUGCGUAUCACUGACUACAUUCA